AAGACCAAUCUGCUCCGCCAUAACCUUGACGUCAUGCACAUCGAAAAGAACAUGUUUGAGAACAUUUUCAACACCGUCAUGGAUGUGAAGGGGAAGACAAAGGACAACAUCAAGGCUAGAUUGGAUAUAGCUUUAUACUGUAACCGUAAAAAUAUGGAGUUGGUUUAUGAUGAGUCACGGGUCGCAAAACCAAGAGCAAGCUUCGUGUUAGAGAAAAACGCACAACUGCUAGUCUACAAAUGGCUUAAGAGUCUGCGUUUUCCGGAUGGACAUGCAUCGAACAUAUCAAGGCUGGUUAAUAUAGAGGACUGCAGAUUGUAUGGAAUGAAGAGUCAUGACUGCCACGUGUUUAUGCAAACACUCAUCCCAUUAGCUUUUCGUGAUUUGUUGCCAAAGGGAAUAUGGGAUGCACUCACGGAGAUCAGUCAUUUCUUCAGAGAUAUAUGCUCCAGCAAGUUGAAUGUUGAUCACAUUGAGAGGCUUCAAACGAAUAUCGUUGAGACACUAUGCAAACUUGAGAUGAUAUUCCAUCCAUCAUUUUUUGACUCAAUGGAGCAUCUCCCUAUACAUCUACCGUUCGAGGCAAAAGCUGGAGGACCGGUCCAAUAUAGAUGGAUGUACCCAUUCGAACGGUACUUGUUUAAUCUCAAGAAAAAGGUUAAGAACAAGGCGCAUGUUGAGGCUUCGAUAUGUGAGGCCUAUAUUGUUGAGGAGAUCUCAACAUUUAUCUCGUACUAUUUCGAACCUCAUCUGAGAACGAGAAUCAAUCGCGUUCCACGGCAUGAUGAUGGCGGUGAAGUGCCUUCCAGAGGGAACCUUGGAUUGAUACGAUUAAGAACACCAAAACAAAGUAACUUGAACCAGCUCCGAGAAGCCAAGAACCCGACUUUCCCCUUGGACGAAAGGCCAUGGUCUCAUCAUGAACUUGUGGUGUGGAUAGAGCUCGAGGCGCUUGGUCUUAAUUGGACAUGA